AUGAAGGCGAUGAAGGAGUUCAUGGGCAGCGAGCGCUUCAAGCACACCACCCGCCCCUACAAGGUGGAGGACGUCGUGAAGCUUCAGGGAACCUUCCCCUUGCAGUUCAACGGCGCCAAGAUCUCGGACAAGCUCUACAAGAUGCUCCGCGAGCACCAGGCCAAAGGCACCUGCUCCCACACCUUCGGAGCCCUGGACACCGUGCAGGUGACUCAGAUGGCCAAGUACCUGACCUCCGUGUACGUGAGCGGCUGGCAGUGCUCUUCCACCGCCUCCACCUCCAACGAGCCCGGGCCAGACGUCGCGGACUACCCGUACGACACCGUGCCCAACAAGGUGGACCAGCUCUUCCGGGCUCAGCUCUUCCACGACCGCAAGCAGUACGAGGAGCGACGUCGCAUGUCGCCGGCGGACCGUGCCAAGACGCCGGUUGUGGACUACCUGAACCCGAUCAUUGCUGAUGCAGACACCGGGCACGGCGGCCUCACUGCCACGAUGAAGCUCGCCAAGAUGUUCAUUGAGAACGGCGCUGCGGGCAUCCACAUUGAGGACCAGAAGCCAGGCACCAAGAAGUGCGGCCAUAUGGGCGGCAAGGUCUUGGUCUCCACCCAGGAGCACAUCCAGCGCCUCAUUGCCAUCCGUCUGCAGGCGGAUGUGCUGAACUCGGCCCUGGUGGUGGUGGCACGGACCGAUGCGGAGGCGGCCACAAUGAUCGACUCGAACAUUGAUACCAUCGACCACCCGCACAUCAAGGGUGCCACGGUCAAGGGUGUGGAACCUUUGUACGAAGCAAUGAGGAAGGGCACGGACAAGGAUUGGGAGGAGCGCUCGGGUUGCAUGACUUUCCCUGAUGCCGUUGCCAAGGCCCUGAAGGCCAAGGGCCAGGACCCAGCCAAGUGGCUCCAGGAUUCUCGCAAGAUGUCCAUUGACCAGAUGCGCAAGGCAGCCGCAGACAUGGGCUGCGAUGUCUUCUUUGACUGGGAUUCCGCGCGCUCCGUGGAAGGCUACUUCCGCAUUAAGGGCUCCACUGAGUUCUGCAUCGAGCGUGCGAUUGCUUUCGCCCCCUAUGCUGACUGCAUUUGGAUGGAGACCGGCAAGCCCAUUCUGGCACAGGCCACGCAGUUUGCAAAGGAGGUGCGCGCAGCAGUUCCUCACCAGAUGCUGGCUUACAACCUGAGCCCGUCCUUUAACUGGGACAGUGCCGGCAUGACUGAUGCGCAGAUGGAGUCCUUCAUUUGGGACCUUGCCAAGCUCGGCUUUUGCUGGCAAUUCAUCACCCUGGCCGGCUUCCACUGCGAUGCCCUCAGCAUUGAUCUCUUUGCCAAGGAGUACUCCAAGCACGGUGCGGCGGCAUACGUGCAGAUGAUCCAGCGAAAGGAGCGCGAGAACAAGGUGGAGACCUUGACCCACCAGAAGUGGAGUGGAUCGGAGAUCGUGGACGAGAUGGGCAACAUCGUGAGCGGCGGCCUGUCCUCCACCGGCAUCAUGUCCGCGGGCGUUACAGAGAACCACUUUGUCCAAUUCACGCCUUCAUACCCUUCUGGAAGCGGACCGCAGGGUUUUGGAAUGCUUUCCACCCUCUUGAAAAAGGCGCACUGUAGCUCCACUACCUUUGGAAAGAUGGCACCGCUGUGGAUGGAAGCCUUUGACAGCCUUGAUGGCGCUCAGGAUGCCUCCGUCUCGGGCGGCGUGGAGCUGCGGGCCGUGUCCAGCGGCGAGGAUGCGCACUGGGAGGCCCAGAUGAAGGCGAUGAAGGAGUUCAUGGGCAGCGAGCGCUUCAAGCACACCACCCGCCCCUACAAGGUGGAGGACGUGGUGAAGCUCCAGGGAACCGUCCCCCUGCAGUUCAACGGCGCCAGGAUCUCGGACAAGCUCUACAAGAUGCUCCGCGAGCACCAGGCCAAGGGCACUUGCUCGCACACCUUCGGCGCACUGGACACUGUGCAGGUGACCCAGAUGGCCAAGUACCUGACCUCCGUGUACGUGAGCGGCUGGCAGUGCUCUUCCACCGCCUCCACCUCCAACGAGCCCGGGCCGGACGUCGCGGACUACCCGUACGACACCGUGCCCAACAAGGUGGACCAGCUCUUCCGGGCUCAGCUCUUCCACGACCGCAAGCAGUACGAGGAGCGACGUCGCAUGUCGCCGGCGGACCGUGCCAAGACGCCGGUUGUGGACUACCUGAACCCGAUCAUUGCUGAUGCAGACACCGGGCACGGCGGCCUCACUGCCACGAUGAAGCUCGCCAAGAUGUUCAUUGAGAACGGUGCUGCGGGCAUCCACAUCGAGGAUAUUUUGGGCACAGGGGUGUUCACAUUGGUCAUUUGCGAAGGAUGUGCGGCGAAAGGCUUCAAGCAGCACUACUGGAAUGAGGAGAAUGUGCUGUACCUCUACGCCAUCCAGCGCGUGCAGCUGUCGCCAAAGGUGCACGAAGAAGUGAAGCUGCGCGACGGCAAGCAGCACGUGGACAUCACCUGGGAGCUGGGAGCGGAGAGGCCGCGGGGCAGCGGCGCGGCGCGGAGCCGCAAGGCGGCCCGGCGCGCGGCCGCGGCGGCGCUCUUGCGGCAGGUGGCGGUGGGGGAGGAGGCAGAGCUGCAGAUGCGGAAGCAGAUGCUGCAAGGGCUCCGCUACAAGCUCUCCGCAGAAGUGCUCCAGGACGGCCCCACCCCCGGCGCCGGCGCUUCGGGGCCCGCGCCUUUCGGGCACCGAGUGGUGUGGCGGGUGCCGCAGCCCGGCAGCACGGCGGAGCUGGCGGCGGAGGGCGCGGGCAGCAGCGCCCAGGAGGCGCAGGCGAAGGCGUGGGAGAGUCUCUACCUGCAGGCGGCGGGCCACCCGGCGCUGCACAAAGGCGCCACAGAGGCGCACUCGCUGCAGCGGGCGCUGCAGCAGCACGGGGAGCUCCAGGAGGCGGCGGUCCAGCGGCAAAAGCAGCUUGACUCUGCCAUGUCGAUUCUGAGCCCCGGGGCCUGCACGGAGCUGGCGGUGCGGCACAAUCUGCUGGUCCAGCGCCUGAGGGUCAAGGUGCGGGAGGAGACGGUGCGGCACGACGCGGGCUAUCGGAGUGCGCUGCACUGGGCCUGGCAGGACCCCAGCGGCGAGCGCCGCUCCGCCGACAGCUCCGGCCUGGGCCAAAACCGGCGCCAGGCCAAGGCCGAGGCCAUGCGGCGCCUGCUGGCGGCGGAGAAGUGGCCCGCCACGGCCCCGGAGGCUCUGAACGCCGCGGCGGAGCUGCGGAGCCUGGCGAAGGCGGCGGAGGCCAGGACCGUGGAGGCGUGCGAGGCCUUCGUGUGUCAGUGGCCGGUGGCCUACUGGUCGAUGGUGCUGCCGGAGGUGUGGCAGCUGGCGCUGGUGCAGGGCGAGGCGUCGCGCCUGGGAGGCGCGCUGCGCCGCGCCUCACAUGCCGACUCCCCUUUGCCGCCGCGACUGUGGGAGGCGCUGCUGGAUGCGGCGGCGCACGUAGCGGAGGGCGAGAAGGCGGCGGCGGCCUUGCGGGCGCUGCAAGGCGUCGCUUUGGAGGAGGGCAGCUUUCGGUCCUUGGCGCACAAGGACUACUUCCAGCACUUCCGGCGCCUGGCUGCCAUGGAGCGUGUGGCGGCCAACCAGGCCAUGGCAACCGAGCUGCGACUGAACGAGGCCCAGGCGGCUGCGGAUGCGGACACUAAGCGGCUUGUGAUGCGGCAGGCCAACUGCGUGCUGCCCUAUCUGACCUUGGCGCCCGUGCGGGGGGCGUCGGAGCUUCUCCUUAGCGAGAUGCGGGCGGGGGACGUGGUGUAUCUCAAGACCCGCGGGGGCGCGGACCAUCUGGCGGUGGUCACUUCCGUUGCCAAAGAGCCCGGAAAGGAGAAGCUGACGGUGCGGUGCUAUACCAUCGGCGUGGAGGACGUGGAGGAGGAGCUCUUCGACGUCUACGGCCUGGAGUCGGAGGUCACGUCCCUGCGCUGCAUCGCCGCAGUUUGGGCAGCCGCCCAGCCCCUGGUGCCGCUGGAGGACCGCGGGGCGGGCCUGGGGGACCUCCGCCUGGAGCCGGAGAUGGCGCAGAUCGUGGUGGAGAGCUUCCGAGAAGGAAGCCAGGCCCAAAGCGUGGCCAGCUCCACCCCACGCGGAGUGGGAGAGGAUGUGGCUGAGCGCCUUGCGGUGGUGCAGACAAAGGCGCGCAGUGUGGGGUACCAGCUCAGCGCCGCGCAGGUGGCUGCGGUGCAGAUGGCUUUGGAGCGCCGGCUCACGCUCAUCCAGGGCCCUCCGGGCACUGGAAAGACCACGGUGGCCGCGUGCAUCGUGUUGGCCUGGCGCACCCUCGGCGACCGCAUUUUGUGCGCUGCUGACUCCAACGUGGCGGCGGACAACUUGCACAGGAGCCUGGCCAAGUGGGGCAUCAAGGCCUACCGCUUCGCGCCGGCCAUCGACAUGGCGGCCACUGGCAGCAGCAGCGCGUAUCAGCGCAUGCUGGCAGCAAAGGAUGCGCUGGGCAGCUUCCAGGUGGUGGUCACCACCUGCGCCAGCGCAGGCCACGAGCUGAUGCGCUCCCAGCGCUUUAUGCGGGUCCUGGUGGAUGAGGCCACCCAAUCCGUGGAGCCCAGCACGCUGCUGCCCAUCAGCAACGGGUGCUCGCACCUGGCGCUCAUCGGGGACCAGCGGCAGCUGCCGCCCACGGUGCUCUGCCGGGACGCCGAGAAGCUGGGCCUCGGCAAGAGCCUCUUCGAGCGCCUGGAGGAGGUGUCGACGCCUGUGCUGCUGGAUGAGCAGCGCCGGAUGCACGCGGUGCUCGCGGAGUUCCCGAACCUCCAGUUCUACCAGGGCCUGGUGCGGGACCUGGCGCCCAGCCGGCCGCCCAUCCCUGGGCUGGCUGAAAGGGCGGUGCUGGUGGAUUGCCAGGGCGAGGAGGUGCCCCAAGGCACCUCCUUCUCCAACCCGGCGGAGGCCGAGGCCAUCCGCGUCUUGGCGCAGCACCUGCUGGCCCAGGGGGGAAGUCUGGAGCCGGAGGAGCUGGUGGUGCUGACGCCGUACCUGCGGCAGAAGGAGCUGCUGCGCAAGACCUUGGCGUCGGAGCGCUUGGCGCGGGUGCGAGUGUCCACGGUGGACGGCUUCCAGGGGGCCGAGGCGGAGCUGGUGAUCUUCAGCGCGGUGCGCGCCAACGCGGCGGGGCGCUUGGGGUUCCUGGCGGACGGCCGCCGCGCCAACGUGGCGCUCACGCGGGGGAAGCGGGGGCUGGUGGUGGUCGCUUGCGCCGCCACGUUCCGCCAGGCGGAGGGCUCCGUGUGGGCGGACUGGCUGCGGUGGGUGGAGGCCGCGGGCGCCGUAUGGGACGCGGCGAGGCUGCCGCUGCGAGGAGAAAAAGGUCCUGAGACUGCUGGGCGUUUUGCUCAGGACCAGAAGCCCGGCACUAAGAAGUGCGGGCACAUGGGCGGCAAGGUCUUGGUCUCCACCCAGGAGAGCACAUCCAGCGCCUCAUCGCCAUCCGUUUGCAGGCGGACGUGUUGA